ACAAACCCAGAGGACGCAGACGCAUGCCUAUGGGGCGCUCGCAGGGCCCACGUGCACACGCACGCACACACACCCUUCCCUGCCUGCCUCCCUCCGCCUUCGGGAGAUUGAGGCGCGCCGAGCGCACUUCCAGACCAGUGCGGGGAGGAUCGGCAGCCGCCUGGCGGCGAUCCCGGGCGGCGCGGGGCCUGGGCGGGAGCCCACGGGCCCGGCGGUCAUGGAGGCGCUGCUGCUGGGCGCGGGGUUGCUGCUGGGCGCCUACGUGCUUGUCUACUACAAUCUGGUGAAGGCCCCGCCGUGCGGCGGGAUCGCCAGCCUACGGGGCCGCACGGCGGUGGUCACAGGCGCCAACAGCGGCAUCGGGAAGAUGACUGCGCUUGAGCUGGCCCGCCGGGGAGCGCGCGUAGUGCUGGCUUGUCGGAGUCGGGAACGCGGUGAGGCGGCUGCUUUCGACCUACGCCAGGAGAGCGGGAACAAUGAGAUCAUCUUCAUGGCUUUGGACUUGGCCAGUCUGGCCUCCGUACGGGCCUUUGCCACUGCCUUCCUGAGCUCUGAGCCCCGGCUGGACAUCCUCAUCCACAAUGCCGGAAUAAGUUCAUGUGGCCGGACCCGUGAGCCCUUUAACCUGCUGCUGCGAGUGAACCACAUCGGCCCCUUCCUGCUAACACAUCUGCUGCUGCCUCGGCUGAAGACAUGCGCCCCUAGCCGAGUGGUGGUGGUAUCCUCAGCUGCCCACCAGCGAGGGCGCCUUGACUUCACACGCCUGGACCAUCCAGUGGUAGGCUGGCGGCAGGAGCUGCGGGCAUAUGCUGACAGUAAGCUGGCCAAUGUUUUGUUUGCCCGGGAGCUUGCCACUCAGCUUGAGGGCACUGGCGUCACCUGCUUUGCAGCCCACCCAGGGCCUGUGAACUCGGAGCUAUUCCUGCGCCACAUUCCCGGAUGGCUGCGCCCACUUUUGCGCCCACUGGCCUGGCUGGUGCUGCGGGCUCCAGGAGGGGGUGCCCAGACCCCCCUGUACUGUGCUCUACAGGAAGGCAUUGAGCCCCUCAGUGGGAGAUACUUUGCCAACUGCCAUGUGGAGGAGGUGCCUCCAGCCGCCAGAGAUGACCGGGCAGCUCACCGGCUGUGGGAGGCCAGCAAAAGCCUGGCAGGGCUUGGACCAGGGGAGGAUGCCAGAUCUGAUGAAGACCCCCAGCCAAAGGACCCAGGGACCCCAUCUUCUCUGAGCAGCUCCCACCCUGAGGAGUCCACAGUUUCUGAACCCUACCCCAGCCCUCAGAGCUCACCAGACUUGUCUAAGGUCACACACCGAAUUCUGGUUAAAGCUGAACCUGAGCCCUAAGUCUCUGAACUCCCAGACCUGGAUGCUUUCUGUGGCACUUGGUAGCCCUUGAAAACUUUACCUGUGUGCCAGGCCUUGGCCUGGCCAUUGAGGAGUUUGCAGUUUUUACCUACCUCCAUGGUUACUUUCUGGGGUUUCAAGGUAUGUCCUGGACAGCUCUUUUUCUGAUGGAAGGAAAUAAUGAGUGAUUAUUUCUUCCUGAGAAUGACAGCCCAGAUUGAGAAGGGUGUGUGUGUGUAAUGUGCCAGACACUGCUUCUCAGGAAUUUGAAUUUCAUAUUUCCAGGCUCCCCCCUUAGUGAUGCUGAUCACCUCUGGAUGAGGGCUUGGGAAUUUGAAAUUUGAUGUACCGCCAGCAUUUAGAAUUACUAAACUGGGCCCUUCGCAACCAUGUAGCUAGGUAGUUAAAUUACCCCCGUUUUACAGAAACGGGGUUAGGCAGCAGAGGUAAGAGACUUCUCCAAGCUCUCACAGUAAGAGUAGAGGCUGAGAUUUGAACACAGGCGGUCUGGUUCCAGGGCUGACUGGUCUUAAGUUGGGUGCUGGGAGGUGAAGCAAGGAAGGGAAGUUGUUAUCGGGGCGCCCCAUGGGAGUCGAGGGACACCUUCCCGGGGUGCUUUAGGGCUGGGCCCCGCAAACCCGACCUGCAUAUAAUAAAGUAUGUUGACUGCC